AUGCCCCCCAAACAGUAUGAAAACUCGCCGGGCCUGAUAAUUGAAGCUACCAAACGGUACCACGCGAUUAUCAAGACCGACAAAGGCGACAUGACGGUAGAGUUGUUGUCGGAAGUCGCACCGCUAACCGUCAACAAUUUUGUGUUCCUGGCCCGUGACGGAUUUUACGAGAAUAACCAGUUUCACCGGGUCAUCAACGGAUUUAUGAUCCAGGGCGGUUGCCCGAAAGGCGAUGGCACAGGUGGCCCGGGCUAUCGAUUCAGGGAUGAAGCGGUGACGCGACCGUAUGUGCGGGGAACCCUGGCCAUGGCCAACUCCGGCCCCAACACCAACGGGAGCCAAUGGUUCCUGGUUCACGGCGCAGAUGCUGGGCUUCCCCCGAACUACACCAUUUUCGGCGCCCUGACCGAAGGCGACGACGUGCUUGAAUCGCUGGCUACCUCACCGGUACGCAACAGUCGAAGCGGGGAGAACUCUCAACCCGCUGAGCGCCUGGCCAUCCUAAACAUAGAGAUUACCGAAACCGACCUGGGCUAA